AUGGCAAGGGACAUUCUUAUCGACCCUUCAACGACCACUCGACUCUCAACGCAUUGGAAACUCAUACUUCCUAAAGCUCCAAUCAUUCCAUUUACUGUCUAUUCAGAUCAACCCAAUGGAGGAGCGCGACCUGUAUGGUUCAACAUCAAUGACUGGAGGGACUUGAACUAUCUUGAAGAGGAGGAUGAAUUGAUGCGAAGCUGUAUUCAUGUCGAGCAAGUCAGAGAAUCGAAGAUGCAAAUGAACAAGACUAUCAUCGCGGGCUUCAGUCAAGGCUACCACUCCUGCUUUCAACUGUUCCCGGGUUCCAUCGACCAACUGCCUUCUACUGGAUUCACGGGACUACACGAAGUUUUAACAUACAACGCUGCAAACACCGGUUUGAACUUUUUACGAAGGAUCUCUCAAGAAGCAUUUGAGCGAGCAAAAUUCAAGACCAUCGCUGGAUUAGCACAUGGCUUUUGGGAGAAUGAACAGAUAGCAGUAACCAAUUGGAUUGAAGGCAUCGUAGAUCAAGAUACUACAGGAGAAUUCGAUGAUUCAUUAGAUAAUUUAGACCAGCCUGAAAACGAGUUAGAUGAUCCUCAACAUCCAGUUCAACACUCGAUAUCUUUCAGUGUCUGCUUGGGAUGA